AGUCUUUCUCAGCUCACCCUCCAACAUGAACGCUCAUCUCAGCGCUCUUCUCAUCUUCACUGGACUCUCAGGUCAGUCGGGGGUUCAGUUAGUAUUAGCGUUUUCUCAUGUUUGAGGAGUUUAUGAUUUAAAUUUCUCCUCUUUAUAUGUUAUUGGUUGAAUAUGUUCAUGGGUUUUGUUGCAGGACUUCAGAGCUUAACUACGGUCAGCAAAGUGCCGGUGAAGAUUGGAGGCUCCAUCACUGUCCCAUGUCUCUACGAGUCCAAGUAUAAAAACCAUGUGAAAUACCUGUGUGAAGGAUACUAUUGGAACUACUGCUCGUACGCAGUCAAAACUAACCAGCAAAAGCGACCUGCAGAGUUUUCGAUCUUCGAUGACAAACAGCAAGGAGUCUUUACUGUGACUAUUAAAAGUCAAAAAAACCUCUAUUACUGGUGUGCUGUGGAGAUAAAGAACGGAAAUGACACUGGGGUAUUUUUUCAGCUUUCAGUUACCAAAGGUAAGAAACCUUUAAGGGAUUUUCUUUUUUCAUCUUGAGCCAUGUAUUUAAAUACUUUAAAAUCUUACAACUAUAACAAUUUAAUUGAAUAAGAAGUUUACUUCAGAAGAAGUACUUCAUGUCAAAGGAGUUUGGCAGCUUUAAACUGUAUGAUCUGACAUAUCUCUGAAUCAUUUUAGAUAUAAAUAAAUAGAUAAAUUAAAGAAAUCUGCAUCUGUAGUGAUCCUUUCUCAAAACUCAGCCUUUUAGCACAAAGGAUCUGAGCUGUCAGAUCACAGCAAGACUUUUUUUCUAAUGAAUCUAAACUAAUCGCUUUAUCAACAAAUAUGCAAAAAAAGUAUAAAUAAAUAAAUAGAUGAAUAAAAAAAGAACAUUUUUCUUUGCUCCUCUAUGUUUAACCUGAUAUAAAGACUGUAAUGUAUGGUCUGCCUCUUUAUAGUGUUAUUUACAGCAGAGUAUCAAGGCCACAUUAAAGAAUUUAUUAAGAUCUUCUUUUUUGUUUUAAUUGAAAGGAGAUUUUUUUAUUUUCAUUUUUCCAGCCUGGGCCCCAUUUUCCUAAGUGUUUGUGUGUGCUUUACUUAUGGGAGAACAGCUUUGACUACACAUAUUUUACCUUUCAAUGUCAAUAUAUUCCAUUAUUACAGUUGUAAUUUUGACUAAUGCUGUUUUGAAGGGAAAUACCACAUGUCACAGCUUUUAGCAGGUCUUCUCAGACUUUGAACAGGGUGGUGCUGAUUCAACAAAAGUUGAAGUUCAAUUUCAGGAGAUGCUCCACGUUCUUCAGCUUCGAGCUUAUCAACUUUACUUCAACUUGAUCUUUGAAAUGAUAAUUAAUCUCACAACAUUACGGCUUGAUUUUCUUACAGCUUCAAUCUGCAGAGGAAAUAAUUUUACCACUAUUUAAUUAUUCUGAGAUUAUGACUCAAUAAACAUGUGAUGUGACACAAUGAGUUUACUAAAGCUAGAGCUGCCAUGUUUAAACACAAUGACUGCUCCGACCUCAACGACUACAGACCCGUGGCCCUGACACCCAUAGCCAUGAAGGUCCUGGAACGUAUAGUACUGUCACACCUCAAAACAAUCACUUCCCCUCUGAUGGACCCCCUACAAUUCGCAUAUCGCUCCAACCGGUCAACAGAUGAUGCAGUCAAUCUAGCUCUGCACUUCACCCUCAAGCAUUUGGAGUCAAGAAACUCAUAUGCGAGGAUACUUUUCAUAGAUUUCAGCAGUGCCUUCAACACCAUCAAUCCCCUCAAACUGUUCCACACUCUGAUCAACAUGAACAUUGACCCCUCCCUCUGUUUCUGGCUGCUGGACACACUGAAGAAACGCACCCAAGUUGUCCGCCACAACAACCUCACCUCUCUCCCUCUGACCACAAACAUCGGCGUGCCACAGGGGUGUGUUCUAUCCCCGUGGCUCUUCUCCCUAUACACCAACAACCUCCGAUCAGCCUCCACUUCAGUCAAGCUGCUGAAAUACGCGGACGACACCACCAUCGUGGGGCUGAUCACCAACAACAUGGAGGACGACUACAGGUCAGAGAUUGACAGAACGGUCAACAUAUGCAAAGACCACGAUCUCAUCCUUAACGAAAGCAAGACAGUUGAACUUAUCAUUGACUUCCGGACAAACACCUCCAUCAAGACACCCAUCAUCAUCAACGACCAAUCCAUUUCUGCUACAGACUCAUUUAAAUUCCUAGGUACACACAUCAACAACAAGCUGAACUGGGAUCAUCACACCACUCACCUCCUCAAAACAGCAAAUCAACGACUUUUCCAUCUCAGACAACUCAGGAAAUACAGAGUCAGGAAGAAUCUACUGGUACAAUUCUACACCGCCAUAAUUCAAAAUAUUCUGUCCUUAUCUAUUACCACAUGGUACGGCAACACACCAAAACACACGUUAAAUAGACUGGGCAGGGUGAUAAAAAGGGCCUCCAAAAUCAUUAACUGUGAACUCCCCACACUGGACUCAAUCCAUAAACACCACACCAUCACAAGGGCAUACAAAAUAAUUGAUGACCCACCACACCCAGCUUACCAACUUUUCCGGCUCCUCCCCUCGGGUAGAAGGUUUGGAUCUCUGGGUGGUUCAACAAAGCGCUACAAUAACUCCUUCUUCCCCCUUGCCAUACGACUGCUCAACUCGUAUGGUCCACGUGUGUGAAGUCUGUGUUUUAUGUUUUAUGUUAUAUGUCCCAUGUUACCCCGUUUCACAUGUUAUGUCAUGUCAUGUCACUGUAAACUGUUCAAUGUCUGUUUAAUAUCUGGUGUAUUGUCGCAGCUACCACCUGCACUGUGAAAAAUUCCACCGGCCUAGCCGUGUGGCGAUUAAAGAAACUUGAACUUGAACUUGAACUUAAAGAAAGGUUACAAAGCCUGGAGAGAGCAAAAUGGCCAAAAAGGUUUACAUGGAUGGUUGCUGAGUUCAUCAAAUUUAACAACCAGCCUGUAUCUCUGUGGUCAUGGAUGCAGGUUCAUGUCCUUCUUUAUGGUCUUCUGGACUGUCCUGCUCCAGACUAAAGUCCUGCUGGAUCUGUAGACUUUGCUGACACUGACAUGAAUUAAGAAAAAACAGUAAAUGUUGAGUAAAAGCAUCAGGAUUCAUCUUUGAGUCAGCUUUUACAUCUUUUUACAUCAUCAAUCUUCUUUUUUAAAAUCAUGAUCUAGAGAAAAAAAACUACAAGAUGUUCAAGUUUUCAGAAUAUUUUGAUGUUACAAUAACUGUGAUUUUAUCUGGAGUAUAAAAGUUUGAGUCUUUUUUCUAAAAGAUGUUAUUAAAUAAAACAGCUGCUCCCACACACUUCUGGUUACAUUAAACUCUGUUUUCUCUGAAGGUCCACGUCUGCUUGACGGUCCUCAGAAAGUCUCAGGAUUUAGAGGAGGAAAUAUUAUCAUUAACUUUCCCUACACUAGUCGUGGAGGAGUCCAUUGGUGCAGGCUGGGAGGGUCCUGUGUGAAGGAGCCAUCUGGAUCAAUAGCCGGAGCAGACGUGACCAUUUCUGCAGAAAAUCCUGUGGGUGUCAAAGUGACUCUGAGUGGACUGAGGACAUAUAGCAGCGGCUGGUAUUACUUUGCUAAAGGGGACCUAAAGAUGCCAGUGCAUGUCACUGUGAAAGAGCGACCACGCGCCAGUGAGUAGAAUACCACUCAUAACAAGUGUGUAAAUAUGAGUCCAAUAUUCAGAAAUGUGCAGCUUUUACUGAAGGUUGUCAGCAUCUUGAUCAUGAUGUCUUAUUUUGAUCAUUCUGCUCUGCGUCAGUAUCUUGUCUGCGGCCCUUUUCUACAGUUAUCCUGUGUUCUGGAAUGUAGCUCUUAAACGGGCCGAGCUGGUCUCACAGUUGUAGUUAUAUAACAUAUGAUAACUGAUAAUGAUAACUAAAGAUAGCUCACAUUAAUACAAUCAUCUUUGAUUAAUUUUUUUCAUCACGAAUAUCAUCUUGUAAUCAACGUUUAUCCUCAAGGAUGUCAUUUAAGUCGACUAACAUGGAAGUUGGACAUUUUAUAGCUUUACAUCUAGUUGACAGGAUUCUGACUCCAUGUUGUUUCCUACAGCCACACAGGAGACAACGACGACGUGUUUGAACAUCUCAUCGAGCACUCUUCAACCUGUGACUCACACUUGGACCUCUGCAUAUGAAGAAAACACAGAAGCGCCUGGGUCAGUCUCUUUAGAGUACUAAAGUAGACCAUCUUUGGGAAAGACUGAAUGUUGCUCUGUUGACUCCAGUCUGUUUCCUGUAAUAAUAAUAAUUUCCUGACUGUCUUUGCUCAUUUUGUUGUUGUGUUUCGAUCCGUCUCUGCAGAAGUUUUAUUCACUCACUGAGCCUCAUGAUUCCUCUGAGUUUGUUAUUGACUGUCCUCCUAAUUGUGGCCAUAACCUUCUGGUUUAUUUGGAGACGACACAGUAAGAACAUGACAAACUUAUUUAUUAAUAACUGAAUAUUUUAAUCGUAUUCUGCGCUGAGAGUCAGUAACAGGAGUUUUUACACUUCCAGAGGAGACCAAGGCCCGAUUAUCUUCUGCAACAGAGGUAAGAGUUACUGAUCUUAUAAUGCAGAUAAAUGUUGACUACUGAUUCUGAUUGUUCAAAACCCAGUCACAAUAAUAUUUAAUUCUCAUCAACAAAAGUGAUGCCAUCUGUCAACUAUUUUUCAUGCCUUCCAAACAACAAACACAGUUUGCCGCCGUAUCCACGAAUGAGAGUUGAGAGUGAACAAUGUAAAUGAUUAGAUAGAUAAAUAAUUUGUAAACAUGAUUUAGAAAUACCGGUUUCUGUGUUCAAACCAAACUAAGAUGGACUGUAGUCCUUGAGCCAGACCAGAUGUCGGUACCACUUGGGUGGGCAAAACCUUACAUAUACUAAAUUGUUUUUAGGGUCAAUAUAAGUAAAUUAAAAUAUGAUAGACUUUUCAUAGGGGUAGCUUUUUAUAUUUUUUCUCAUUUUGUUAUUUUCCUCAAUAGGCGAAUUUUUGUUAACUCCAAAAGCAACACAGAAAGUCAAAAGCACAUUAAAAGUCACACUCUUUUUUGGUCACACUGCUCUUUUCUAUAAAUGAAUCAAACCUGUGUCUAAUUAAAUGAGUUGAUGAAGUGGGUGUGGCCCAAUUUGAUGGUGGAGCAGUUCUUUCAGGCUAAUUGAAGCUUAUAUAUACACACCUGUAUUAGAUAAAUUACUUGAAAUACUACUUAGGGGGUUAUUACAAGUCUCUAUGGCUAGCCAAUAGUUCAAACACACCUAAAUGAGAGGUUAAAAUGAAAGAAAGCUAAUUUUGAAGGAAGGCGAUUUUUCAUUUUUGAACAGCUGCACUCUAUUACUUCAAUGAGUGAUAACUACAAUAAAGCUACCAGUUACCAAGGUCUAUCAUAUAAAAACUUAUUGUAGGGAUGUAUAGCAAUAAAAAAAUCACAACUAGAAUUUGCCCACCCAGGUGGUACCGAUAUGUGAAAUUUUGGUUCUUGGCUCAAGGACUACUGAGGAAAAGUAGAAAAUAGCCCUGUGGUCUGACCAUAGACUGUAUAUAUAAUGGACGCCGUCUGCCUCCUCACUGGGUGAAGCCACUCUGAGAACAGCACCCUCUGGUGACGGGCUGCAGUAUAGGUCAUAAAUUCCGCCUCCUCCAGCAAUACCUAUGGAGCUGUGGACAAACUUUAGAAAGUAAUUACACAGAAUAUACAUUUUUCUCCCCCCUGGUUGUGAUGUUGACAUGUAGUUACUGUAAGACUGGUUUGUGCUCAAGUCCUCUUUUUUUCUGUACAGCUCCAUUUUUAAAAUUUAUUAGGGGGUUCAUGUUUUCUAUGAUUGACACUUGAUACAGCCUAUGAGAGUAGGAAGAUUGCGUAGCUCACCUGGAGGAUACGCUGUUUGAGCCGAGUGUCAUCACAGUGACUUUUGGCGACUCUCCUGCCGAAAGCGUACAACGCUCCUGUGCAAGUGGUGGUUCCAGGAAUUGGAGGAAAAACCUGAAAAUACUGAGAACAAUUCGGCUUCAAAUUUGUAUAAUGACCGAAGGCGGAGCCAAGAUGUCCAUAAUAUACAGUCUAUUGGUCUGACAAAUCCAAUUUUGACAUUCUCCACUUGAAAGAGGGAUGGGACUAGCCAGCUUGAUCUCAGCUCUCAGGCCAAAUCCAGCAACCCUGAUGGUAUGGGGAUCAUCAGAGUCCAUGUCAUGGGUAUCUUCCACAGCUCUAUAGGCUCCAUUAAUGCUGAACAAUAUCUACAGGUUUAGGAGCAACAUCUGCUGCCAUCCAGACAAAGACUUUUUAAGGGAAGACCUUGAUAUUUCAGUGAGACAAUGGCAAACCACAUUCUGACAACAGGGAUUACAACAGCAUGGAUCUGUAGGAGAAGAGUCCUGCUGAGAAACUAAAAUCCUGUCUCAGGCAUGAAUGAGACAACAGCUCACUUUCCAAAUUCAGAAACUUGUCUCUUCAGGUUCUGAACAUUUACAGUGUUGUUUAAAAUUGAGGUGAUGCAGUGCAAAGAAAGACAUGUCACCUCGUUCCUUUAUUUUCAACAUGCAGGCAUCAAGCAAGCAUAUAGUCUUAAUAUUUUAGUCUCCACAUUCCAUACAUUGUUUUUUCACUCACAACAUGUUCAAAUGUCACUGUUACAUUAUUGGAAGACAACGUUACAGACCCAGUUCAGUGCAUGACACUAAUGCCUUUUGUUACUCCACUGAUGUUUUUGUCUUUCUCCUUUAUCCCAGGCUAAAGAGGACCUCACAUACAGUACUGUUAUAUACAAAAGAGGAACUUUUGACAUGGUAACUACACAGUUAUUUCAAGAUUUAAGGGACUCUCUGUCAUACUGAAUGAUGUUGUAAAAAUACACUAGGUAGAGUAGGUCUCUGUAUUCAUGUCAGCUCUCUGUGUUUAUCUGUCAUCUCUGAUCUCCAGCAGGGUCGAGCUCAGGAGGAGGAUGUUCUUACUGUGGUUGUAUUUGAAAUCUUUAAAUGUAUAAAAGACUAGACUGGUUAUCGUAUGCAUAUGGAGUUUUCUUUUUAAAUUGACACUCAUUGUAUUUCCUGUUUUCAUUAUUAUUAUUAUUUGAACCUUAGACCAGACAGUUGAAGAGAGGUAGGAAAAAUGAAGAGUGAGGGAUGAAACGCAGCUCAGCAUUGUGGACAGAAGUGGAAACGGUAGUUGCUGCAUUGAGGACUAUAGCCUCUGCUCAAAGGGCCCAGACCAGCAGACCAGCUGAGACCCUUCCUGUUGUUAUUUUGAGGAUUUUACACCUUCUCUGUUCAUCCCCAAUGCAGAUCAUCCAACAUUCAUCAAAAUUACAUCAGGUGUGAGCAAAUACAGCAGAAGCUUCUGUUCAUUCAAGGACACUUCAGCAUGUGAACAGCAAGGCCUCGGACCAAACCCAGACCUCAGCUUGUCAUUAGUUUGUGCUAGAAAAUACCAACUUGGAAAAAGGGGCUGUUUCUGCUGAUAUCAUUGUGACAGAAACAAAAAUACUGAUCCUUUAUGGUGAUGAAUAUCAGUAUAAGAACUCACCAAGCAGGGUGAAGCUGCAUUCAGCUUCUAUGGAGCUCACCUGUGGAACAAACUCCCUGAAAACCUUUAAAUCAGGCCUGAAAACAUUACUGUUUACUGCAGCUUUCCUAUAGUAUCAUUUCCUUUUACCAGAGCCAGCCCAAGCCUCAGUGGGGCCUUAAGCAAAAUUAGAUUUUGGGGCCCUCUAUUUCUGCCAAUAAUAUUGAUUGUUGAUCAUUCACACACCUUCGAAAAUCUCAACAUUCCCUGACAUGCAAACAUACCUUUAUCUUUGCGUUUUUUCCUCUUUCUUUUCUCUGCUCCUGAAGGAUAUGUCCUUUUUUUGUGACAUUUUUUUGCCUCACAACUACCUGUGCUUUGGAUGCUCAGCACACAUUGCAUGGCAAAAGGCACAAAUCGGGAGAGGAGCUUUGACAUAUCAGCAGUAAGAAUCAUAGGCCUACAUCAGCAGCAGCACUAAAAUGUUUUUACUUUAUUUUAUUUCAUUUUUACAGUGAUAUAUAUUUGAUCAGACACAAAGCAUCACUCAUACAUGCAAAAAAUAAAAAAUAUUAUUUUAAUUUGUUUGCUCUUGGGGGCCCCCUAUUGGCCGCAGGGCCCUAAGCAGGUGCCUUGGGCUGGUUCUGCCUUUUGCUUCUACUUUGCUGUUCUGACAAUUCCAACAGUUUCAAUGAUUUUGAGUUACAUUUAAAUAUUUUACUACAUUUUAAGAUUUCUUUUUGUUUUUUAAAUCAUUUAUGUUUUUUUUUAUUUUAAACAGUUUUAAUCUCUCUUAUUUAAUUUAUGUAUUUUCUUGCAUCUGUAAAGCACUUUGAAUUGCCUUGUGUAUGAAUGGUGCUAUACAAAUAAACUUGUCUUGCCUUUAAAGAUGA